AAUUUUGAACAGAACAGAGAAAAAGAAUAAAAGAUCUCUGAGUAACUCACAACAACAGUUCCAAAGCUUAACGAUGGCUUCAUCUUCUUCCUCCUCCGCCGUCAAAGAACUUCAGCGAGAAUUGGAGAACAAAGCUAACGAUCUAAGCAAACUUCAAAAGGAUAUUUCGAAGAACCACCAAGUGAGAAAGAAGUACACCAUUCAACUAGGCGAGAACGAGCUUGUCCUCAAGGAGUUAGACCUAUUGAAUGAAGAUGCAAAUGUGUACAAAUUGAUUGGUCCAGUUCUUGUGAAGCAAGAUUUGGCAGAGGCUAAUGCAAAUGUGAAAAAGAGAAUUGAAUACAUCUCUGCUGAAUUGAAACGGCUUGAUGGAACUCUUCAAGAUUUAGAAGAGAAGCAAAAUAGCAAAAAAGAAGCGAUCCUAAAGUUGCAACAGAGAAUCCAAUCAGUUCAGGCUGGAAAAGCCAAGGCCUAACAUGAUGAGUCAAAUGCUAUCAGAUGUAACAAUUUCUUUGGACUUUAAUUUAAAAGCUUGAAUGAAGCAUUUAUUUUCCUUCUUGUUUGUAGUUUCAGCUAUGGUGCUUUUUACAAAUCUUUAUUGUGAUUUUAGUAUUGUGUUAGAUUCAAUCUUAUAUAUAUAUAUGUUAAAUGGCUAUUUUAUUUU